AUGGACCAGCAAGAUGAGAACGCCGUCUCCUUCCUCGACCACGUCGCGGAGCGACACCAGAUCCUCACCAAGCUUCAGGCGGCCGAGUAUAAGGACUGGUCAACGGAUUCGCCCCCGAGGCGGCUGCCCCCACACGUCUCUACUCUAGACGUCUGGGUCGCGCUCCACGUCAGCCCAUACGGCCGACUGAACCGAUUAGACAAGAUGAUCGAUCCAGCGAGACGGGAUUCAUCAUGA